UUGUUUCCUUUUGGUUUCCAAUUUAAUCCUUCCCUUUAAGUAAACAAAAAAAAAAAGGAAAAAAAAAAAAAAACGAAACUGUUAAUCCGAACCCAAUCCAGGAUCCGAAACACUUUUAACAUCUUCCGAUCCGCCGGCCUUUCUACUCUCGCUAUCCUUCUCCGAUGGCGUCGACGAUGGCUGAGAGAACCGAACUGGCGAAGCUGUGCAGGUCCAAGGAUUGGUCAAAGGCAAUUCGAGUUCUCGAUUCACUUCUCUCCAAGAGUUGCCUCAUUCAAGACAUCUGCAAUCGAGCGUUUUGCUAUAGUCAACUGGAGCUUCACAAGCACGUUAUCAAGGAUUGUGAUAAGGCGCUUAAGCUGGAUUCUUCUGUCCUCCAACCUUACAUACUCAAAGGUCAUGCUUUAUCUGCAAUGGGUAAGAAAGUGGAAGCUAUGCAGGUUUGGCAGCAAGGGUAUGACCAUGCUGUUCAACAGUGUGCAGAUCUGAAACAACUAAUGGAGGUAGAGGAACUAUUGACUAUUGCAAGAAAAAAUAGUACCAUUUCUGGUGAUAAUGGUUUUAUGCAGUUGUCUGGAUCUGGUUCUGGGACUCCCCUUUCUAGAAAUCUUGUUGAAACUUCUGAGAACCAUGAGUCAAAUGGUCGACUUGAACCGUUCAGAAAACCAAAGGACACAGAGAAAGCAGUGAAAGAAAAUAGCAAGGACAAUUGUCAAUCAAAUGGGAGUCAUAAUAAGGUGAGAGAAAAUAGCAAGGACAAUAUCCAAUCAAAUGGAAGUCAUCACAAACAAACAAAUGGAACCUGUGAUAUUCCUGACAAAUUGGGUUCUCGUUCUACAGUAUGUGGUGACGUAAAUGAUAUGUCCGUAGAAUGCAGUGAAUCAUCCGUAGUCACUAAUGAAUCAAGUGAAUCUUCCCUAGUCACUAAUGAACCAAGUGAAUCAUCCAUAGUCACUAAUGAAUCAAGCGAAUCAUCCAUAGUCACUAAUGAAUCAAGCGAAUCAUCCAUAGUCACUAAUGAAUCAAGCGAAUCAUCCAUAGUCACUAAUGAAUCAAGUGAAUCAUCAGAGACUAAUGAACUAUCAGAGAUUUUGAGUCAGUUGAGUAAUAAAUGCGAAGUUCGUGUUGAAUUGAGUGAUGAUGAUAAGAGAAGUAAAAGAUUCUGUGUCAGCAAGACUUCGAAGACAAAAUCGGUAACUUUGGAUUUCCGAUUAUCAAGGGGGAUAGCUAAGGUUAAUGAAGGAAGAUAUGCUGAUGCUAUAUCCAUCUUUGAUCAGAUUCUCGAAGAGGAUCCAACAUACCCUGAGGCAUUAAUAGGAAGGGGCACAGCAUAUGCAUUCCAGAGAGAACUUGACUCUGCUAUUUCUGAUUUUACAAAGGCCAUAGACUCAAAUCCAUCAGCAGGUGAGGCAUGGAAACGCAGAGGGCAGGCCCGUGCUGCCUUGGGUGAAUCUGCCGAGGCAAUUGCAGAUUUGACUAAAGCUUUAGAAUUUGAGCCAAACUCAGCUGACAUAUUACAUGAAAGGGGAAUUGUGAACUUUAAGUUCAAGGAUUUCAAAGCUGCAGCUGAAGACCUCUCCUCCUGUGUAAAGCUUGAUAAGAGUAACAAAUCUGCGCACACUUAUUUGGGCUUGGCAUUAGCCUCAAUUGGCGAAUAUAAAAAGGCUGAGGCGGCACACAUGAAGGCAAUUCACAUAGACCCUAAUUUUGUUGAGGCCUGGGCUCAUCUAACACAGUAUUAUCAAGAUUUGGCAAAUUCUGCAAAGGCUUUGGAAUGCCUGCAUCAACUUCUACAAAUUGAUGCAGGGUUUGCUAAAGCUUAUCAUAUGCGUGGGCUGCUUCUCCAUGGGAUGGGAGAGCACAGGAAUGCUAUCAAGGAUCUAUCUGUGGGGCUAACUCUUGAUAGUGGAAAUGUUGAGUGCUUGUAUUUGCGAGGUUCUUGCUAUCAUGCCAUUGGGGAAUAUAAAGAUGCAGUAAAGGAUUAUGAUGCUGCUUUGGAUCUGGAAUUAGAUUCAAUGGAAAAAUUUGUACUUCAGUGCUUGGCCUUCUAUCAGAAAGAAAUUGUAUUAUAUACAGCUUCAAAGCUCAACAGUGAAUUUUGUUGGUUUGAUAUUGAUGGAGAUAUUGAUCCCCUAUUUAAGGAAUAUUGGUGCAAAAGGCUCCACCCUAAAGAUGUGUGCGAAAAAGUUUAUAGGCAACCUCCCCUGAAGGAUUCCUUGAAGAAGGGAAAGCUAAAAACGCUACAUUUUGCCUCAACAAAGCAAACACUUGCACUUCUACAGGCAGCAGAUUCUAUUGGGAGGAAGAUCCAAUAUAAUUGUCCUGGCUUCUUGCCCAAUAAACGUCAGCAUCGGAUGGCUGGCUUAGCAGCUAUUGAAAUUGCACAAAAAAUUUCAAGAGUUUGGCGUACUAUACAAGUAGAAUGGAAACAUUUAAAUAAAGGCACAACUAAAAGUGGCAAGAGAGCCCGGAGGAAGGAAAGGAUAAAUCCUCCUAGUCGAAACAGAGGUGGUGCUGGUUGUAGUACUAGCAGUUUCUCAGAAACAUCAACAGAUGACAGACCAGCUGGACGCCCUACAAUGUCAUGGCAGGAUUUGUAUUCUUUAGCUGUUAAAUGGAGACAAAUAUCUGAACCAUGUGAUCCAGUUGUCUGGAUAAACAAAUUAAGUGAGGAAUUCAUUUCUGGAUUUGGGUCUCACACUCCCCUCAUUCUUGGGCAAGCCAAAGUGGCUCGCUACUAUCCAAAUUUUAAGAGAACACUGAAUGCUGCCAAAGCAGUCAUAAAGGAGAACAAGUCUGUAUUUGACAAGAAAGACAACCUUCUUGAUCUUUCUGGGAAUGGGAAAUUGCAGGAGAUCAUGAGUGCCGAAUCUUGCCAUGAUCUUUAUAGAGUUAUUGGUGAGGACUUCUGGUUGGCCACCUGGUGCCACAGCAUGGCAUUUGAGGGGAAGCGCCUUGAAGGGACAAGAAUCACAGUAGUAAAAAUGGGUGAAGUUGGAUAUGACUUUUCAAUAAGAACACCAAGUACACCUGCAAGGUGGGAUGCCUUUGACACGGAAAUGACUUCAGCGUGGGAGGCAUUAUGUGAUGUUUACUGCGGUGAGACAUAUGGUUCAACUAAACUUGAAGCACUAGAAACUGUCAGAGAUGCAAUCUUGAGAAUGACAUUCUACUGGUAUAAUUUCAUGCCACUCUCCAGAGGAUCCGCUGUUGUCGGGUUUGUGGUUCUGCUUGGCCUUCUACUCGCGGCUAAUAUGGAAUUCACGGGGAGCAUUCCAGAAGGUCUGCAGUUGGAUUGGGAAGCGAUCCUGGAGUCUGAUCCUAGCUCCUUUAUAUCUUCUGUAAAGAAGUGGUUGUACCCAGCCCUGAAGGUGAAUACAUCCUGGAAAGGCUACGCAGAUGUGUCGUCAGCAUUCGAGACGACGGGAUCGGUUAUCGCCGCUCUAAGUUACUCUUCAGACUGAGCUUCUAUUAACAAGAUUAAGCUAGACUUUUUUUUUUUUUUUUUUUUAAUUUUAUUUUUUAUGAGUAGAUGUGACAGUCAAAGCACACAGACACACACAUACUAGAGAUAGAGUCUGAGCAAAGGCAACAUUUGACAAAAAAACACCAAUGCAAAUUGUAUGUUGGGUUUAAGUUAACAAUCUGUGUUAUUACUCUGUAUACAUGUAACCAUAAUGUGUACCAUUAUCUAUUUGAUUCA